AUGGAGAACCGGGCGAAAACCUCUGCCGUAGAGCAGCAGCAGUAUCAGCAGCAGCAAUAUCAACAGCAGUAUUCCAGUAACAGAUCUUCCUCCCUUUACAAAGACGACAAGUCCUGGGAAGAGGGGAACAACGCGUUGCAUCACUUUCCCACCCACCCCGAUCUCCCUCAAGGCAACGCGAGAGACGGCAAAGACGAGAUUUCGCAUCACGAGAACGCGCAGCGCGGAAACUCGCCUCGGAGGGAGGCGACCCGCAAUGGCAAUCGACCAGAUGGAAACGGGGCGGACUUUGAAGAUGUGCCGCAGUCGACUUCCAGUCGGGUUGAAAAGACCAGAGCGAUGAUGGGGUUGCGACCGGAGGCGCCGAUUGUGGAAGAGCACGAUAAUGCUGAUCAUGCGGAUCUGAGAUGGGCAAUCUUCCGAGGAGCGCUGAAGGAGCCGUUUGCAGAGUUCUUCGGUACAUUGAUCCUGGUGGCCUUUGGCAACGGCUCCGUGGCGCAAGUGAUGCUAAGCGCGGGAGAGACUGCUGCGCCUGGAGGCAAUGGCUUUGGCGAGUAUCAAAGCAUUAAUUGGGGAUGGGGUCUGGGCGUGAUGCUGGGCAUCUACGUGGCUGGAGAUAGCGGAGCGUACCUCAACCCGGCUCUUACCUUCACAAACUGCGUCCUCCGCAAGCUCCCGUGGCGACGCUUCCCCAUCUACUUCAUCGCCCAGCUGCUCGGAGGGUUCGUGGGCUCGGGGAUUGUUUACGCCAACUACAUCAACAAGAUCAACACUUACGAAGGAGGUGCUGGAAUUCGCACCGUGCCUCCUGCUCCGAAAGCCACGGCGGGCCUCUUCUGCACAUUUCCGCAGGGGGAUCUCACCAAAGCGAGCCAGUUCUUCAGCGAGUUCAUUGCGAGUGCAUUCUUGAUGUUUGUCAUUUUCGCAUUGAAAGAUGACAGCAACAAGGGAUCAUUCUCCGCAAGCGGAAGCUGGUUUCCUUUGGCCCUGUUCUUCCUCGUCUUUGGUCUGGGCGCCAGCUUUGGUUGGGAGACUGGCUAUGCAAUCAACCUCGCCCGGGAUUUCGGCCCUCGAUUGAUGGCAUACGCGUUGGGAUACGGCAAUGAACUUUGGAGUGCCGGCGGGUACUACUUCUGGAUUCCGAUGGUGGCGCCCUUCUGCGGCGCUCUUUUUGGAGGCGUCAUGUACGACAUUGCCAUUUACACCGGGCCCAGUCCGAUCAACACGCCGUAUUUCGGGCUCAAGAAGCUGCUGCUGCCGCACAAGGCGAUCAAGGACCGGGUCAAGGCACAAGAGAAGGAUGCGCUGGUUUGA